AUGACUCCAGGAUAUCCGGAACUUGUGACCAAGAUAUUGGCAAGGACUUUCCGAAUACCACGGGUGGCCAUAUUCAGCCUGGCGCAAGUUGUGCCCCUGGCUAUAACAAAAGAUUUGGCCGAGAAAUCGAGAUUCGAAGACGCCUUUGGCCAGAAUGAUUUUGUUAUUAUUCAAGUGUCAAGUAAAGAGUCAGAGCAUCGGGUUACUACCGAACCAGGUUUGAAUAACAUUCGACUUCCUGGGCGUGCACCCUAUUGA